AUGUCGGCCGCUUUCAGAUCCGUCGCGCCGUUCCUGCGGACCGCGCGACACGGCCUCGGCCGGGUCAACCCCCUUCAGUCUGCCAUCAAGAAGCAGAACGCCUCGGGCAUCCUCAACAUCUACCGCACAUACGCCGUUUUCGAGCGAUCAAAACCCCAUGUCAACAUUGGCACAAUUGGCCAUGUCGACCACGGCAAGACCACUCUCUCCGCUGCCAUCACCAAGCGCCAGGCCGAGAAGGGCUUCGCCAACUUCCUCGAGUAUGGUGCCAUCGACAAGGCCCCCGAGGAGCGCAAGCGUGGUAUCACCAUCUCGACCGCUCACAUCGAGUACUCGACCGAGAACCGCCACUACUCCCACGUCGACUGCCCUGGCCACGCCGAUUACAUCAAGAACAUGAUUACCGGUGCCGCCAACAUGGACGGCGCCAUCAUCGUGGUCGCCGCUUCCGAUGGCCAGAUGCCCCAGACCCGUGAGCACUUGCUGCUCGCCCGCCAGGUCGGCGUCCAGAAGAUUGUUGUCUUCGUCAAUAAGGUCGACGCCAUUGAUGACCCGGAAAUGCUUGAGCUCGUCGAGAUGGAGAUGCGCGAGCUCCUCACCACCUACGGCUUUGAGGGCGACGAGACCCCCGUCAUUAUGGGCUCUGCCCUCAUGGCUCUGAACAACCAGAAGCCCGAGAUUGGCCAGCAGAAGAUUGACGAGCUGCUCGAGGCUGUCGACUCUUGGAUCCCUACCCCCGAGCGUGACCUCGACAAGCCCUUCCUCAUGUCCGUCGAGGAUGUCUUCUCCAUCUCUGGUCGUGGCACCGUCGUCUCUGGCCGUGUCGAGCGUGGUGUGCUUAAGCGCGACGAGGAAGUUGAGCUGGUCGGCAAGGGCAAGGAGGUCAUCAAGACCAAGGUUACCGACAUUGAGACCUUCAAGAAGUCGUGCGAGCAGUCCCAGGCUGGUGACAACUCUGGUCUCCUCAUCCGUGGUAUUCGCCGCGAGGACGUCCGCCGCGGCAUGGUCGUCUGCAAGCCCAACACCGUCAAGUCCCACACUCAGUUCAUGGCCUCGCUCUACGUCCUCACCAAGGAGGAGGGUGGCCGCCACACCGGUUUCCACGAGCACUACCGCCCCCAGCUCUACCUCCGCACCUCGGAUGAGUCGGUUGACCUGACCUUCCCUGAGGGCACUGAGCCCGGCAAGAUGGUCAUGCCCGGCGACAACGUCGAGAUGAUUGUCAGCAUGACGCACCCCAACGCCAUCGAGACCGGCCAGCGCUUCAACAUCCGCGAGGGUGGCAAGACUGUGGCCACUGGCCUGGUCACUCGCAUCCUGAAGUAA